AUGAGUGAGCAGGCCUGGCCCACAGGGAGUUCCCCUGUGGGAGAACCAGCCGGGCCAGGGCAGAGGGGGCAGAGGCGUGGCUACAGGACACCCGGGUCCUCCCUCACUGCCAACCCGCUCUGUGACUUCAGCAGGACUUCCUUGGGCCUUCGGUUCUACCCCAGUGAAAGAAUGUGCUGGAACCACAUGACCCUGAGGUUCCUUCCUCAAGGAGUUGAGAACGGCUAUGACUCCCCAGUCCCUGCCCCAUUUGAAGGUGCCUGCUCAGAGAGGCGGGGCCGGCCCCACUGGGAGGCCCUGGGUGGCCGCAUGUCGGGCGGACCUCUGGAACCAGGCCACUCACACUCGCCCUCUGACUCACAGGGACUUGGGAGCAAGGGCCUGUCCACACCUUUCCGUGGGGAACUUGAUGGUGAGCUUACUAAAGAGGACACGUGGGGGCAGCGGGUGCUCUGA